AUGUCGAACCAGACGGCAACCCACAACUCAGGCUUAGAGUUUUGUGCGUACCCUACCAGGGUACAGGAUAGCCAUACAUCAUGUAAAAUAAACCAUUCUGCUGAAAUUAUACCCUGUAUAUCUCAGCUGUAUCGAAAUGAGACAUUCAGUGAUGUCACUCUUGUUGUUCAAAAUACUCAUUUUCCUGCUCAUAGAGCUAUUUUAGCAGCUCGAUGCGAUUACUUCAGGGCUUUGUUCUACGGGGGAAUGGCUGAAUCUUGCUCAAAUGUUGUGCAUCUGAACGAUAUCAAUCUGAUGGCUUUCAAAAGCAUCCUACGCUACAUAUAUACCGGCCAAAUAAAGCUGUCCAAAACGAAGCUCACUCUUGCCAUCUUGGGCCUCGCUCACCAGUAUAAUUUUCACAGUCUAGAAAAUGCAUUGUCUACUUAUUUAGUGCAUUCACUUUGUCUGAAGAAUGUCUGGAGUAUCUACGACUUGGCUAUAAUGUAUGAUUUGGAUGACCUUGUUGCAGCUUGUUUGCGGUUUUUGGACUGUCUUGCUCCUGCUCCUCUAAGUGACCCACGCUUUCUGAGGCUAUCACAGACAUCCGUCGAACGUCUGCUAUCACGUGAUAGUUUUUGUGCAUCUGAAAUUGAAAUAUUUCGUGCUGUAUGCGCAUGGCUAAAGAGUUCUAAAGAAGUUGAAAGUGAGACGAAAAAGCCACAUUUAAUGAGUACUCCUGAGUCAAAUAUUGACGACAAAUUAAGAGGAGAAUCAUCAAGUGAAAAUAAAGAGGGAAGCGUCAGUUUGUUCAUACAGCCGAAAAAAUCAUCGUCUUUUGAAGACUUUGACAGUGAGAAACAAUCAUUGGCAGUAGAUGGUACAGACGAAUCUCGUGCUCAUCAAAUGAUGCGUAAAUGUGUUCGUUUUGAACUGAUGUCCCUCACCCAAUUACUAACUGAAGUGCGUUCAUCAAAGCUUGUUACCUCAGAAGAAUUAUUAGACGCAAUCAAUCAACAGACUAACUGUCCUACUGAAAUGCCUCAUCGUGGUUGGUUUUUUCCAGGUAUAAACUUAGCAUCACGUCGUUUUGGCUGUACUCUAGUCUCAGGUGCAAGUGGAACUUAUCCAUAUUUCUUUGUUGAGAAUCCACUGGAAGAAUCCAACAAUGCUAAGUUGAACAUUGAAUCUCUGAUUUCAAGUGAACCUAGUUUCUGUGAUUCUGGGAGGAAUGAAGAUCGGAGGAUAUAUCAACAACUGAAUGAUAAUGAUAUACCUGUAACAGCUAUGGACAUGACUUCUGAUGAAGCAGGUCGAUCAUCCAAUCACCCUCAUUGUACUAACUUACCUCGAAAUAACCACCGAUGGUCUAACAAUCAACAAGUUCACCAUAAUAUUCGUAAUUUAGCUCCAUAUGGAACUGGUAUUGUGAAUGCAUCAACAAACUCAAUAGCAGCAACAUCCAGCACUGCUAAUGCUGUGAAUAGUAAAUCAGCUCGUUGGAUACAACCAUCUUCCAGAAGGCGUGUUAAUCAACAUAGACCACCACCACCACAUUCAGAACACGAUGUUGUACGCCACUCCUUAGAUGAUGCUAAUGCCAGCAUAAUUAUUCGCUUAGGAAAACCUAGCAUUGUGAAUACCAUUCGUAUGCAGUUAUGGGAUCGAGACUUACGUUCAUAUUCUUAUUCUGUUGAUGUUUCAUUGGAUCGAUCCACUUGGCAUCGUAUUGUGGAUUAUCGGAAUUAUAUGUGUCGUUCAUGGCAAACAUUACAUUUUCCUUCACGUGUUAUCCAUUUCAUUCGCAUCACAGGGACAAGGAAUACAUUUAAUCGUACUUUUCAUAUAAUUACAUUUCGGUGCCUUUAUAGUGAGAAUGUAUUUCAACAAAUAGAUUGUUUUAUGGUUCCGAACUACAACGUUGCGAAUAUUGAUCAUGGUGCUAUAGUACUGGAAGGUGUUAGUCGCAACAGAGAUGCACUAAUUGAUGGCAAUAUUCGCAUGUAUGAUUGGAAUUCAGUUCAGUUAGCUCAACCAUUCUUAUUACGUUCAAUGCGCCUUCUCCAACCAUAG